AUGGUGCAAACAACAGGCCAGCUCAAGCGCAAGCGCGCACGUGUGGCUUGCGAGCCCUGCCGUGAACGAAAGAGGAAAUGUGAUGGAGAAAAUCCGUGUGAUACAUGCAGCAAUUGGGGAUAUGAGUGCUACUACCAAUCCAGUCGAAAUUCGAAAUACAGGGCAUUGGUUUCUUCCGCAGAGUCCUCAUCGUCUGGCGCUCCGCCCAGUGGCAGCGGUGUUAGUGCUGCCAGCACGGAACACAAUCGCUCAAUCAAUCCGCACGGCGUGGUUCGCAGUCUCUCUGCAAAUUCCGGCGCUGCCUUCGUGCGCAAAAUGGGCCUCAAAGUAGAUCCAGCCAAUGCGCCUCGGUUAAAUCUUUUCGGGUGGAAUGUGGGUGCGCGACAGCUGUCCUCGGGCCUGGCGACGGCCGCUUGCCUGCCGAUUGUUGACAUCGUCGCCUUGGGGGAUAUGGUGCAUCUGGCCCAUAUCUACUUUAACAAGGUUGACCCGUGCUAUGGCUUUAUUGAUAAGCAAGUUUUCUUCGACCAUCUCAAUACGCGGUGGCGGUCCAACAGUGGUAGCAGCAUUUACGAUAGUGUACUGGCAGGAGUUGCGGCGCUUGGGCUGCUCUUCUCGGAGCGAAAGGUCAAAGUCACAGAGCUACAUCUUAUGGAGUCUGCUAGGUUUAUCCUUGAAAGUUACGACGGUAGUACUGCACCGUCUGUGGACCUCGUUACGGGUUGGAUGCUGCGUGUCAUCUACAUGCGGAUGACUGCGCCACCAUACUCGACUUGGCUUGCUAGUUCUACGUUAAUGCACCUUAUUGAGGCUGCAGGUCUUCACCAUGAAGCUCCCGACGGCAUGUCCCUCUCUGACGCCAAAUGUGAUCCAGACAUUCGGCGACGCUUGGUCGGCGUUGCCCAGCAUCAAAACAUGUGGCCAUCUUAUGAUCUUGGCCUGUCGAGAGUGUCUUUGAAAGUUGACCUGUCUUUACCUCUGUCGCCACGGCCCGGGGACUACACGGCAGAGCUACUAGGUCUGCUGCCGAUUUCUACCAGUCUGGACCCCGAAGAAACGCAGGACGACUGUGACUUGCAAUGGUCUCUAGUUCAAACUCUAGAUAGGGUGCACACACAACCACCAUCUGUACUCGCGCAGACGAAUCUGGUCCUGUGUAUGCUUCGACGACUGCAUCUAUUGAAUAUCAACACAUCGCCCGCCAUCGCAGAUCGUGUUCUGGAUUUAAUCCAGAGAGCACUACGGUCCGCGCGCAGCAUGCUCACAAACUGCUGUCCAUGGCAGCAUGUUGCCAACGUACCAUUCCAUAUCAUCACCAUUCUUCUCGAAAUGGACACAUUCGCUUCCCUCGCUCAACUCCCCGAGGCCAUGCAGACCCUGAAACUAGUUGCAUCUACAUACAACACCGCUACAAUGCGCGAGGCCUACGCUACUGCUAGACUCCUUGUAUUUCUUUACCAACAACGGCGAUGCCACGAUGCUCGCCUGCUGGGCAAUGUGCUUGACGUUGAUUCCCAGCAAGAGCCCGGCUCAGCUGGCUCAAAGGCCCAAAUGCCGCGCGUUAGUCCUAAUUCGGAGGAGAUGCCCUUGUUGGAGGAAUUGGUUGCCGAUAUGCCUAGUUUGCAAGGAUUUGAUUUUGAUCAGUUCUUGAAUAUGGAUAUGCUUCGGUCGGCGCAGGGCAUGGAUGUGGGAUCUUUGGGGGAGGAUGGUUGA